CCGCGAGCGUCUGGCUGCGGGUGGGGCCGGAGGCGGCGGGAGUCGCGGCUGCUUGCAGUGCACCUGAGAGCCUACGCCCGAGUCCUCGAAGCUGCGCCCGCCGCGGUCCUAGCAGCCAUGAACCGCUUCAAGGUGUCCAAGUUUCGGCACACGGAAGCUCGGCCGCCCCGCCGGGAGGCCUGGAUCAGUGACAUCCGAGCGGGAACUGCCCCCUCGUGUGGGAACCACAUCAAAUCCAGUUGCAGCUUGAUUGCAUUCAUCUCUGACCGCCCAGGUGUCCUGGGCAUCGUGCCUCUUGAAGGCCAGGGAGAGGACAAGAGACACGUGACCCACCUGGGCUGCCAUUCAGACUUGGUCACGGACUUGGACUUCUCUCCGUUUGACGAUUUCCUCCUGGCCACAGCCUCAGCAGACAGGACGGUGAAGCUGUGGCGCCUGCCGGCCCCUGGCCAGGCGCUGCCAUCAGGGCCUGGCCUGGUGCUGGGCCCUGAGGACGUCCCGGUGGAGGUGCUGCAGUUCCACCCCUCGGCGGACGGCGUCCUGCUGAGCGCAGCGGGCAAGGCCCUGAAGGUCUGGGACGCAGCCAGGCAGCAGCCCCUCACAGAGCUGGCGGCCCACGGGGACCUGGUGCAGAGUGCCAUCUGGAGCCAGGACGGAGCCCUGGUGGGCACGACAUGCAAGGACAAGCAGCUGCGGAUCUUUGACCCCAGAGCAAAGCCCGAGGCCUCCCAGAGCACGCAGGCCCACGAGAACAGCAGGGAUGGCCGGCUGGUGUGGACGGGCACCCGGGAGCACCUUGUGUCCACCGGCUUCAACCAGAUGCGUGAGCGUGAAGUCAAGCUCUGGGACAUCCGUCUCUUCUCCGGGGCCCUAGCCUCCCUCACCCUGGACGCGUCCCCCAGGUCUCUGAUGCCCCUGCUGGACCCAGACUCCGGGCUCCUGGUCCUGGCAGGGAAGGGCGAGAGUCAGCUGAGCUGCUACGAGGUGGCCCCCCAGCAGCCAGUGCUGAGCCCAGUGACCCAGUGCCUCUUGGAAAGUGCACUGCGGGGCGCGGCCCUGGUGCCGAGGCGGGCACUGGCCGUGCUGGGCUGCGAGGUGCUCCGCGUCCUGCAGCUGAGCGACUCAGCCAUCGUGCCCAUCAGCUACCACGUGCCUCGCAAGGCUGCCGAGUUCCAUGAGGACCUGUUCCCAGACGCUGCAGGCAGCACGCCCGCCUCUGACGCCCAGGCCUGGUGGGCCGGGAGCAACCAGCAGGUGCAGCGGGUCAGCCUCCACCCCGCCCGCCGGCCCCUCCCCAGCUUCACGUCCCGCCUGGUGUCCCCUGCGCAGCCCAGCCCUGAUGCGGCCCAGCCUGCAAAGACGCCUGCAGGCGAUGCGGACCCCAGCGACGGCUUCUCCUCCCCUCCCAGCUCACUGACUUCACCCUCCACGCCGUCCAGCCUGGGGCCCUCACUCUCCAGCACCAGCGGCAUCGGCACCAGCCCCAGCCAGAGGUCCCUGCAGAGCCUGCUAGGCCCCAGUUCCAAGUUCCGGCACACUCAGGGCACCGUCCUGCAUCGUGACAGCCACAUCACCAACCUCAAGGGGCUCAACCUCACCACACCCGGCGAGAGCGACGGCUUCUGUGCCAACCGGCUGCGUGUGGCCGUGCCCCUGCUCAGCAGUGGGGGGCAGGUGGCUGUGCUCGAGCUGAGGAAGCCUGGCCGUCUGCCUGACACAGCGCUGCCCACGCUGCAGAAUGGGGCAGCCGUGACUGAUCUGGCCUGGGACCCCUUCGACCUCCACCGCCUCGCUGUGGCUGGUGAGGACGCCAGGAUCCGGCUGUGGCGGGUGCCCCCAGAGGGCCUGGAAGAGGUGCUCACCACGCCCGAGGCCGUGCUCACAGGCCACACGGAGAAGAUCUAUUCUCUGCGCUUCCACCCGCUGGCGGCUGAUGUGCUGGCCUCCUCUUCCUAUGACCUUACCAUUCGGAUCUGGGACCUUCAGGCCGGAGUUGAGCGUCUGAGGCUGCAGGGCCACCGGGAUCAGAUCUUUGGCCUGGCCUGGAGUCCCAAUGGGCAGCAGCUGGCCACGGUCUGCAAAGACGGGCGCCUGCGGGUCUACGAGCCCCGAAGUAGCCCUGAGCCCUUGCAGGAAGGCCCAGGGCCUGAGGGGGCCCGUGGAGCCCGCGUUGUCUGGGUGUGUGAUGGUCACUGCCUUCUGGUGUCGGGCUUUGACAGCCGAAGUGAGCGCCAGCUGCUCCUGUUCUCGGCCGAGGCCUUGGCCAGUGGCCCCUUGGCAGUGCUGGGGCUGGAUGUGGCUCCCUCAACACUGCUGCCCAGCUACGACCCAGAUACCAGCCUGGUGCUGCUCACGGGCAAGGGCGAUACCCGCGUGUUCCUGUAUGAGCUGCUCCCCGAGGCCCCCUUCUUUCUGGAGUGCAACAGCUUCACAUCGCCCGACCCCCACAAGGGCUUCGUUCUCCUGCCCAAGACGGAGUGUGAGGUUCGGGAGGUGGAGUUCGCCCGCUGCCUGCGACUUCGCCAGACCUCCCUGGAGCCCGUCGCCUUCCGGCUGCCCCGAGUCAGGAAAGAAUUCUUCCAAGAUGAUGUGUUUCCAGACACCGCUGUGAGCUGGGAGCCGGUGCUCAGUGCCGAGGCCUGGCUGGGAGGUGCUAACGGGCAGCCCCGGCUUCUCAGCCUGCAGCCCCUCGGCAUGACCCCAGUGAGCCAGGCCCCCCGGGAAGCCCCUGCCCGGCGGGCCCCACCUUCAGCACUCUACCUGGAAGAGAAGUCGGACCAGCAGAAGAAGGAAGAGCUGCUGAGCGCCAUGGUGGCGAAGCUGGGGAACCGCGAGGACCCUCUCCCACAGGACUCCUUCGAAGGGGUGGACGAGGACGAGUGGGACUAGCCUGGCCACCAGCCACCUCUAGCCUCACGUGCCUCUGCCACCUCCGAGAGCCACCUCGUGCCCGCACCACCUCAUGUCUCGCCCUCAGCCUAGAAGACAGCCCGGCUCACCUCCUCCCAGAAGUUCGGGCUGCCCUCCGCUCUUUGGCGCUUCCAUGGCCUCUGGGCCCUGCUGCAUUUCCAUGGAUUGUCCACACCUCUGCUUUUUCUGGGCCCGGCUGCUCCUCCUCAGCUGCCCGCCAGCACGUGGAGCCCGGGGUGUGGGGGUGGGGAGGGCUGGGGGCACAGCACUGGGCUUCUUGUCCCCUGCACUGACCUGGGCUGGUCCCGGCUUGGCUGGCUGUACCCAGCCCCUUCAGGUGUGACAUGGUGCCCCAUCUUGCCUGCUGCUCCAGUUCCGGCCAAGAGCCUAGGGGGCUGGUCCCCCGCCAGGCCAUUGGGAGCAGCACCAGCCCAGGGGCACCUAGGACCAGUCACCCUUCUGCCCAAGCUUGGAACCAGGAAGGCUGAGCAUCACAGAGCUGAUCGCCCAGCUGAAGGGGGCGCGAGCCCGCAGGAACUGGCCUGCACCUGCCCUGGGUGUUUUCAGCCAUUAAACUUUUCUAACCCGUCA